CGUUAAUAUACUUUACCCGCAUAUGCGACCAUUGAACAUUCAAUUGAAUGUUAGCCUUUGCAGUUGAUCGGUUUUGAAAAUAAAUCAACAUAGUGUCUUGUAUAUAAUUUGGAUUAAACAUUAAAAUUCAGGAGAAACCAAACCGCUAUCCAGGAUCCACGCGUGCUGGUCACGUGUGAUUGAAACAACCGGAAAUGCUAUUUGGUGUAAUUUUGUGUUUACUUUUCGUAGGUUCCGCGAGUUCAGGCGGAGGUGGGACGACAGAGCCCGAGAACUACUCUAUAAAUCUCGAGACGAGAUUGAGGUCAAUGCUGUUUAAUGGAUACGAGCCCCUACAGCGGCCCUCGGAGAAUAUCCAAGUGAACAUCUCCCUGAACCUGAUCACCGUUAACAAUCUGGAAAUCAAAGACCAAAAACUGUCCACUUCUGGGUUCUUCCAAAUGCAAUGGACAGACAGUCGACUUGAAUGGAAUUCCACUUACGGCAAUAUUCGAUUUAUGUUUUCAACGGAAACGUAUGUUUGGACCCCAAAAAUUGCCAUAGAAAAUAGUGUCAAUGAUUUGGAAGUAUUCAGCGACGAAAACAGCCUCAUCCGGUUGAUAUCCACGGGAAAGGCUCUGUGGACGCCAGGUGGCGUGUUUGAGACCAGCUGUGACGCAGACGUCACGUACUAUCCACUGGACACACAAGAGUGCAGCAUCACGUUAACCACGUGGGCUUACACCUCGAAUGAGAUUACCCUUGGUUUCCUGAACACCUCUUUCAUGUUGGACAACUACCAAGAGAAUGGCGAGUGGGAACUCGUAGGUACAAGCUCGAGCCGGGAGUCUGCGCAAAGGAGCAAAGAGGAAUCAUACACCUACGACAGGUUAAGGUUCACUAUGAAACUGAAGAGGCGGCCCUUGUACCACAUCCUUAACACGAUAUUCCCAGUGAUUCUCAUGUCUUGUCUGAUUGUGUUCGUCUUCAAGCUACCGCCAGAGUCCGGGGAGAGAGUCGGGAUGUCUCUCACUGUGUUACUGGCCUAUGCCGUGUACCUUACUCUGAUUGCGGAUAACAUACCCAGGACGUCAACAAGUGCCAGUAUCUUGUCCUCAUACCUGACUAUCAUUCUGAUGCUGAGCACGCUGUCGGUGGUCUUCACCAUUGUCGUCCUUGACAUUUACUUCAACCAUGCCGAUGAUGAAACCCCGCCCAGUUGGUUGCAGAAUCUCACACGCCAUUUCCUUGUGAAGGUCACGUGUUGGAAAGGAGUGACAUGUUGUAGUAAACCAAAGGUAAGCCCCGGAGGGGACGGCGAAAUCUUGACCUUGAACGAGAUCACGGAAAAGUCCGAGACAAAGGACAAGUGGGCCUUGGAUGACGAGAGGUCAAAGGUCGCGGAGGGGGUUGGUAUAAAGUUCUUCUCGUGGAAGGAAGUUGCCUUAAUCCUGGACAGAUUCUUCAUGCACACCUUCAUCUUCCUGGUGGCGUCAUCAACUGUGAUCUGCAUGAUCAUAUUGUCAUCGGCCUAAGAGAUUUUGCGAUUAGUCAAUGGCAUAUUUGACAAAGACGCUGUGGAGCUCUUUGAUCUAUUUUUGUUCAUUCACUGUCUUAUUUCCAUCGUUAACAUAAUCUUGUUUGAAUAUAAAUUAUUAUGUAUAAGGAACAUUAAACUGAUUUAUUUGUUUCACGACAGUUUUAUGUGUAUAUAAUAAACGUAGCAACUUUGAAGACAAUUGUUGAUCUAAGACAAAUAUGUUUAAAUCAGUGUCAACAGUAUGCUUACUCGAUAACCAAUUUGAACUCAAUGUUAUUUUUUUUCUUUCCACUAACUGAUAAUUAACGAUUCGAAUUUUAAAGGGGCCUUUUCACAGAUUUUGGCAUUUUUUUAACUUAUUCAUUAAAUGCUUUAUAUUGAUAAAUGUAAACAUUGGAUCAUAAAAGCUCCAGUAAAAAAUCAAGAAAAAAAUUAAAAAAAGGAAAAGAACAUUGCCCGGAGCAGGGUUCGAACCAGUGACCCCUGGAGUCCUGCCAGAGUCAUGAAGUAAAAACGCUUUAGCCUACUGAGCUAUUCCGCCGAGUACACAUUCUUGACGUAUUUUAUACCUUAUAUAAGCAAUCUUCGUAGUUUCACAAAAUUUAACGACAAAAACAGAACUCUCCAAAUUAUUCAAUCGUUUCGCGUUGCAACGCUUUAUAAUUUUUAGGUUUUAAAAUCGUCAAAAGAUGCAUAUAAUGGCUAUAUUAGAGCAUGGUUAAUGUUCAGUAUUACUGUUUCCUCACAAAUAUCAUAACUAAAACGAAAACUUACGAAUCUGAAACAACUUUUUUAAAUUUUGUCAAUUUACCAAAGCGUGAAAAGAUCCCUUUAACGCAUAUCUUACUUCAAAUAUUUACUCAUCGUAUAUCUAAUGCAUAAUUAUAUGUAUAUACAAUUAGCGUUUUGUAUCACAUGGAAUUGAAAUAGUAUUCAAUAUAUAAAAACAUCUG